AUCACAGCCGAUAACAAGGCCACCUCGGCUACCGGCAAGGAGAAAAAGGUCACAAAGUCUCGCCAGCGGACCGAGAAAAAGAAGAUUCAGGACCGUCUAGCCCAACGGGCAGCACGCGAGAAGACCAGACAGAGGAUUGCUUCGCUCGAACUGGCUCUAAACAGCUUCAAGUCUAGUGAUGACACAACCCACACCACUUCACUGAUGCGCACGAUUGCGAACCUACGAGAUAGAAACCAUCAGCUUCUAUCCACGUUCAACAAGAUACAAAAUGCGAUCAGCCUGGUCGCGCUCAUCUCUGAAGACGGCGCGACGGGAGACAAAAUCGAACCCAAACCUUGGGCCGCUAGCCCAGGAAACAUCGACAGCCCUCCAUGCUCUACGCCCUUCAUCGCUCAACCGGAGCUUGUCCCCCCCGAUUUUACCCAUAGCCACUCUAGUGAAUCUGCUUACGACGCCCUUGUAGCAGCGAUUACUACACAAAGAGGAACUCUUGAAGUGGGCGCCAACGUAGUACCUGCGGUCCAGAGCACGGCAGAUAGUGGAGUCGGGAACAAGUUCGAUUUUGAGCAGCACAACAUAUUCGACCUUCUCGAUCAGACAGCCUCGGCCGCUUGGAAUACGUACAGAUCCCCAUUGUUCAAUGAUCUCCGGCCUGCUACAAUCGACGUGACAGGAGCCGUCGUUUCAGACUUCCAAAAGUGGUAUUUUGGAAAUUCAGCCUACUUGGGAGCCCUUGACUCGGUCAAGAGACGAGUCCGGUCAGCGACAACCAUGGAUUUUCAAGUUGCCUUCCAAGCUGCGUUGUGGGGUUGGAAGAGCGUUGGUCAGGAAGCUGAACACCCUGUGUGGAAUGCUUUGCGACAGGUUGACGAGUGUAUCUUUGGCAGUUGGACAUCUAAGGCUCAAAGGAUCGCAUUGAUGUAUGUCUGCCAGACCUUGAUACAGUAUCGCGAGGAUCCGACGCCAGGGAACCUGAGUCGGGUCCCUGGUUUUCUACAGCCCAGACCCGCCCAAGAACGAUUGGACCACCCAGUUGUUAUCGAUUUUCUCAUAUGGCCUGGCAUGCGUGAUCGCUUGGUCUUCGAGCAUGAGAAGUAUACCGCAUCGGGAUUGUUCUCGGCAGCGUAUGUAGAGAACUUUUCCUUUUUCUGGCCUUAUCCCGACGAAGAGAUAUUCCAUUAUGAUCCUCUACAAGAUCAGUUCGAAUUUUCUCCAGUCUUUCUGCACUAUGUGUACAAUUACAAGAACUGGACGAUGAAGGCAGGCUUUUUCGAAACUUGUCCGGAAAUGAAGUACGACGUCCCCGCCUUUGAGAACUCUGCAACCACCGCUGAACCCGUGACUUGGGUUUGA